AUUUUCCCGAAGCAUGGAUCAUUCACCUCCCAAGAUGAAUAACCAAGACACUUGAAAGCAAGAUGAGAGAGACACUUCCUCCCCUCUGAUUAGAGCAAAGCUGACGUUCGAGAAUUCUCCAAAAUUGUUUAGUGACCCGAAAGAUGAUCCUUACAUUGGAAGUAAACUAUCUAUCAGUGACCUAGAAUCGUCAAAAAUGAAAUAAUGAGGCAUACAGAAAUCUCCCUCCUGAUGACCCAAGAUAUUCUCUUCUGAACUAUCAAGAUGAUGACCACCCUUACGGAGAACGUCCAGGAAGCAGAAUAGACGUUGUUCAUGGAGACAUUGGUCAGACUAUAAAACAACUUAGCUAUGAUGAUGACGAUGAUAGUCAGGUAAAUCACCUAACCAGCAGGACUAUAAAGGAAGAAGAGAAAAGUUUCAAGCCCAAGGAGUCAUACUGCGAUGAUCAUAACAGUCUGACUCUUAGCCACUCUGGCGAGUCAUAUCAACAAUCUUACGAUAAGGAGUUUGGGAAAUCUCUGAAAAGUAAUGCGGCAAAAAUUAGAGACAGUUCAAAUAAAUCCAAGAAAAUAUCCCAAGAGUCAGCAUCCUCCAUGCAAAACAAUAGGUAUGGCAAGAACUUUGAUGGAGAGAAGUCUCUGUUUUCAGGGUCUUUCGGAGGAGGACUUCUUGAGAGCUCACGGUUGGUCACUGAAGAAUAUGCUUCUCCAAAUCAAUCUCGAACAUUCAGAGAUCUUUCUAAAUACUUAAGUAAAAGUGACAAAACUACACCCAAUAAGAAUAAAGACUUGAUUCAUGAGCAACAUGAGUAUGUAGACCAGACACAAAAUUUCAUGAUCAGAAAUGAAAAAGCUGAGGAAAAUAAAUUCAAGAAUCAAGCUCAACAAAGAUACAGUUCUUCGAAAUUGCGAGAGCCUGAGGAACUAAUUCAGUACAGUCAUAAUUUCUCUACAUUCGAAAACCAUGAGGAAGGAAUGGCUCAUCCAACUGAUACCCAGGAAGACAGGAUUAGGCCAGCAAGAUUUAGUAGUGCUCAUGGUCCCAAGAACGUCUAUGAGAGACUGUACCAGCCUAAAAGGAAAGAGAAAAUCAAAUAAGGAGCUAGUUAAUAUUAUUGCACAUCAGGGAGGUUUUCCUCCUCAAAACCCACGCUCAAAGAAAAACACCAAAUAUAUUCAGAACCUUGAUAACAAGCUUUCAUCGGCAAGAGCUCAGAUGAGGAAGGAUAGGCUUCAUAAAAUAAGGGAGGAACAAAUCCAGAGCCAGCUUCAAGACAAGCCCCAACUCUCAGAAGGGACUCAUAAAAUCACAGAAAAUAUAGGUAUUAAAUAACGUAUUUGAUCGUCAAAAUAUCUUGCACCAGGCCAAGCAGAAAGUAGCCUUCCAUAACAGUGAUAAGGAGCGAUAUAACAAAGCGCAUGGUAUUACUAACAAACCACAGAUCAACCCUCGGAGUAAAAGUUUGCACCGCACGAUAGAUGAUCUGUACCAAUGGCAGAAGAAGAAGCUCAGCAAGCUUGAAUCUCAACGUAAAAAGUCUGCAUCUCCUAAGAUAAUUAAUAUUUCAACCAAGCAGAGGGUCCAAACUCAGUAUGAAUCUCUUCCUGUAGAGCAAAGGUUACUGAUGCAUGGGGAGAAAACUAGGCAAAAAUAGGGAGCAGAAAAUCAAUGAAAUUAAGGAAAUUGAUGAGGAAGAGUAUCAUGCCAGAAAUGACCGGACUAGCUACACUUACCCCUCCAAGCCGAAAGCAGCCACUUUCCAUAGCCAUUAUGUCUAUAAUGAGGAGAACCAGAGCUUAAGGAAUGAUUUUUUAGAUCCUGUUAGAGAACAACUUGAGCUAGAUAACGAAGCAAAAGGAUGGUCUAACCUUAGCCUCUUAGAACGCAACCAAAUGUUCCUCCAGAAGAAAGAGGCUAAGCUUGAGGAAAAGAGAAAUACGAAGUUCAUCAAAGAAGUUGAAGAAUGUAGCUUCGAGCCGAUUCUCUGCCAAUUUAAUCCCGAGAAACUGUCAAUGACUACCUCUGUUGAUAGAAUCAUAAGUGAAGGAGCCAAAAUUUCAAGGUCAUUAGAACGUGUCCUUGAGACUCAGAACAGGUCUAAAAAUAGAAAUUAUAUUGAAAUUCAUACUGAUAAGAUCCGUCAGCGAUCUUUAGAGAAUGAUUUCCUGAGACCAAGUGCAGAGUCCUAUCAUCUUAAGAGAGAGAAGUUAGUCAAAAGAAAUCACAAGGAGUUGUUCUUGAAGCCAUAUAAUUUCGCAGACCAGCACAAGAGCUCCCAAUCAAGAUCAUCCAGAGCCUUUAAAAAUUCAGAGAAUUUCGAUAGGCUCAAUACUGAUCUCUAUUCUGUCAGGAACUCACAGAAGAAAUCUAAGAAAUAAGAAAAGAUUCGGUAAAAAGAAGCAGAUUCUUAUAAUGAAAACCAAGAGGCAUGGACCUAAGAAACACAAGAGGAAUGACAAGGCCAAGAUCAUUCAUCUUGGGAAGGAUAGGAAGCAGUUUAGCCAUAUUUUAGUGAAUAAUCCUAUGGAGUAUAAGAGAAAUAAAGAAGACAUUCAAAGGAGUCAAACAAGGAUCAACAGCAAUGAGUCCUUCAACAAUGCUAAUACCAGAAGUCACAGGAGUGUUGACCACGGCAGGUAUAUCAGUCCUGCUUCCGAGAGACUGAUUUUGAAUAACCACCGGCCAUAUAUUUUUAUUGGAAAAGCGAGCUAUACGCAUAUCGGUAAAUAAUUGAAU